AUGAAAUGGGUGGAAGGUGCAAAACAAGGCAUUGUCGUGGCUGGUGGUCAAGGACAAGGAAAUGGUCUUACACAAUUGUCUUGUCCUGGAGGAGUCGUUGUCGAUCAAUUGGGCACUGUCUAUGUGGCUGAUGAAGUGAAUGAUCGAAUCAUGCGUUGGCCCAAAGGAGCCACACAGGGAAGUGUCAUUGUUGGUGGAAACGGUAGAGGAGGACAAUCGAACCAACUCUAUGGGCCCUUCGGUUUGUCAUUCGAUCGACACGGUAAUCUCUAUGUCGUCGAUAACGGAAAUCAUCGAGUACAAAAAUUCAAUAUCAAUUCAAAUACAUAAUGGAUGUUGCGGGUGUGGGUGUAGGUAUGAGUCUUGUCCUCACAAACGCUGGGCACUCCCAUCAUAAGGGAACAACUGAAAGUAGAAUGAUACUUUCAUACAGACUUGUAAAAUUCAGCGUAUUCACAAAAUCAGAAAAAAUAAAUCGACCUGGAAGCCAGGUCAGGCCGAAAAAACGUGGCCUACUGGUAGCUCUAGUGUACCACUGAAGCGAAGACUGAUUGAUUGGAUGACAUCGUGACAAAAAAGUGAAGAAUCACUAGAAAGAGGAAUUUCUAAGUUUCGACCGACUAAAAUUGAAUCGAAUAGUUGAUAUUUCGUCCACUCGUUGCAUCCGUCGUUGAUUUUUUCGUGUCUGGUUGAGUUGAAGCUUCACAUAGACGAAUUUCUUUCCAAAUUUGGAAAUCGAAGAACGCAAUGACUGUACCAUUGAAAUAGAGUUUAUUGUAUUUGAUAAAGGACGAGCAUAGAUUUAGUUGUAUCUUGAAACCAAGUUCGUUGUGUUAUCCUAGUUUUGAUUAUAAGGAUAAAUGAAUAAUGCCGAAUUGUUAGGAAAAGCAAAUUUUAAAGUUGGGGUGUUAGAUCUCCGCAAUACUAAAUUGUUCGUCACAAUAUUUUAGAAUUAAAUUAGCCAUGUAGACAAUUUAAUUAGGCUCGAUGAAAUAUCAACAAUGAAAAUGGAGUCAAAUAUAAAGAUUGAGCUGGUCAUCUGUUAUAGACCAUUGGCUGUAGUGAAGUAAUGAUCGUAAAAUAAUGAACUAUUUCUCAUUUAAAAUUGAAUUUCCAAGGUGAAACAGAUCCCACUGUUUUGUCUUUUAAUGAGAUUUCAUUCAAUUGAAACAACAAAUUUUAAAGGUGUGGAUUUUUUCAUUAAGCAUAACAUUAUUUUCACUCAACAACAAUUCCAUUUAUAGUAUCAC